CGGUGCACGUUCAAACGGACCAGCGCGACUCACGAGCUCCUUAUUCCACCCUUUCACCUACAAAACCACCUCCUCCCUAACGCACCGACCCAACACACCGGGAGACCACCGUAACCCAAGUGACAAACCCAUCCUCCUGUAUCCCAGACCGCCCUGCUGCAAGUCUUUUCCAAUAACCAAAUUCAAGGCUGAGUCCAAGCUCCAGCCUCGAGUGUGUGUGUGCAUCACGGCCCCGGUGUCAUGGCCUUCACCCUGUCUGAGAUCAUGGCGGCGAGACGACAGCAGCAGUCCCAGGCCCAGAGGUCUGGCAGCAGGACAGCCGUAGAGGUGGAUGAAUACAGCACAAACCCCACCCAGGCUUUCACAUUCUACAACAUCAACCAGGGACGCUUCCAACCCCCACACGUGCACAUGGUUGAUCCGUUGGCCCACGACACUCCCAAGCCGCCAGGUUACACGCGCUUUGUGUGCAUCUCUGACACACACUCACGCACGGAUGCCAUCCAGAUGCCCUACGGAGAUGUGUUCAUCCAUGCUGGAGACUUCACUGAGUUGGGCCUCCCUUCCGAGGUCAAGAAGUUCAACGACUGGCUGGGCACCCUGCCCUACGAUAUAAAAAUUGUGAUUGCGGGGAACCACGAGUUGACCUUUGACCAGGAGUUCAUGGCCGACCUCAUCAAGCAGGACUUCUACUACUUCCCUUCUGCCUCCAAGCUCAAGCCGGAGAACUAUGAGAAUGUCCAGUCGCUGCUCACCAACUGCAUCUACCUGCAGGAUUCCGAGGUCACCGUUCGGGGUUUCCGUAUCUACGGCUCUCCCUGGCAGCCGUGGUACUUUGGCUGGGGCUUCAACCUGCCCAGAGGUCAGGCUCUUUUAGACAAGUGGAACCAGAUCCCUGACUCCACCGACAUCCUGGUCACACACUGCCCUCCACUGGGCUUUCUAGACUGGGUUCCUAAGAAGAUGCAGCGUGUGGGCUGUAUGGAGCUGCUCAACACUGUCCAGAGAAGAGUACAGCCCAAGCUCCACGUGUUUGGACACAUUCAUGAAGGUUAUGGCAUGAUGACUGACGGCACCACCACCUAUAUCAAUGCCUCAGCCUGCACUGUCAACUUCCAGCCCAUGAACCCGCCCAUCGUCUUUGAUCUGCCCAACCCAAGGACCACAUGACUGGAGAAGGCCCGCCUCCAGAACCACACUUCCAAUCAGGAGACAGCAGGUGGACACAGAUGAGGGGGAGCGGGCAGGAUUUCAGUACUGUAUAUAUUUCACAAUGGCCAAGUACACACAAUGUGUGUGUGCGUGUCUGUUUGUGUGUGUGUGGCACCACUGGCACAUGUACAGUAUUGAGGGAUGGCCAUGGCCAAUGCCAAUCCUUCUUUGGCAUCUAUCCUUUUUUAUUUUCCAUGUGCUAUCAUUUUCACAUCUUUUUCCCCACAAUGAAUCAUACCCACAGACAAACAGACAGAAAGACAGUUCUGAAGAGGCCUCAGCUGUAAGCUUGUCUCCCGCUCUGCUCUCCUACUGCACUGACAAUCGAACUGGGUACCCAGUCAGCCAGCCAGCCAGGGCAACACUUCCUCCCCCUGUAAGAAGUGGUUGCGGCCCCCCUACUGAGCAAUGCUGGUAGAUCUGUAGAGUUUGGUCUUACCAUAUGUCUAGUGGAGAUCUUAUUGUAUUUGGUGUAUUUGGAUGACCCAACCUCUCACCAUUCACUCCUACUUUCCACACUGACUAUCAAGGGUUAACGGAUGCCCAAAGGUUUUAAUGGUUACAUCCACCCCCAGAGCGAGUCAAUGACAGGGAAGUAAACUAACGCUAAGAUGAAUUACUAACAAAUGUCUAUCUCAAUCUCUUUUACUCUCUUUAUACCACAAAACUCUCUUGUACAAUUUUGACUUUCUGUUUCUGUCAUUCUGAGGCUUGAGGUUCGGUAUGUGUGUGUUUAAUUGUGAAUGCAUAUUUGUGUGUAAGUGAGAUCAAAGUAUCUGUGUGAGGGCAGCAGGAGGUCUCUAACAUGGUCUGUGUGUGAGUGUCAAACGUGUUGACACUGCUCCCAUGGGCCUCAUUACAAAUCUCAGUAAGCCUCUUAAUCAGGGGAGGAGAGAAAUACAGUCUCUCUCUUCCCCUCUUCACCUAAUUUUCCUCUCCUCUUUUCUUCCCCUCUGCUCUAUUACUCUCUCAAAGUAUCCUCUGGUUUCCACCUUCAGCUUACUUUCUUCCCCUCCAUCCAUCCGGCACUGUAAAUAAUUCAGCUUAGCCUUCCUCUGACUCUGGACAAAAUCAUCUCAAGGUCAUGGGGGAAUGUUGGGAUGAGUAGUCGAGAAUUAGGUCCAACGUAUCAGAUACACAAAAGUGCUGCUUCCCACUCUCUUACUCCUGCCCUGUGGUACUUUACCUGAGAAAAGAUGGAUUAUCAGAAGAAACUUUCACCAAUCUUUGGGAUGUGGGCCAAGUCAUGGACUGUACUGGGGUAACAAUACUUCAUCUUCAAUGGUAAAUAAAAAAGGUAAAUGUAUUUCAAAGUUUACAUGUAGUGUUGCCAUGCUUAAA